GAAACCCUCUUUUUUUUUAUUACAGGCACACAACCUUUCUUCUUUUCUAACUUUAUCUGUACAGUAAUCUUUAUUUAUAAUGCUUCGUUCCGCCACUAGAUUAGUCUCUUCAGCUUCAGUUGUCACCACAAAACAAACAGCUCGCUUAUCACGAGCAGUUCCUGUCUAUGCUAGACGUUGGUAUACCACUGAACAACCUCUCCCUACCCCUGGUACUUCAGCAACCGUUGAUCCUAAGAUUACUGCUAUUGUUGAUGAGAUUGAAAAGUUAACAUUACUACAAACCUCUGAAUUGGUUUCUCAAUUAAAGUCUCGCUUAAAUAUUCAAGACAUAGCUAUGCCAGUGGCUAUGCCCACAGCCGGUCAAGCCGCACCUGCUGCUGCUGAAGAAGAAGAAAAGCCUGCUGAAAAGACCGAAUUCAGUGUCAAGAUUGAUAAAGUAGAUGCUGCUUCUAAAGCAAAAGUGAUCCGUGAAGUGAAGAAUUUGGCCGGUUUAAAUUUAGUUGAAGCCAAGAAAUUCGUCGAAAGUGUACCUAAAGUUUUGAAGGAAAGUGUACCAAAGGAAGAGGCUGAGAAAUUAAAGAAGGCGCUUGAAGCUCUUGGCGCUACUGUAUUAUUAGAGUAAACGGAAAGGGGUUCGAUGAAUUGUUUGAAUAACGAUGUAGAAUAGAUAUAGCGUACAAUUUCCUUUCUAUCUUCCCUCCUCUUUUUUCUUUCAACUCUUGUUAAUGUAAUCUAUCUUCAAUACUUGUUUCAAUGAAACGCACCCCUACUAUUGUAAAAGUCUUUUGAAGCAUUUGGUCAAAUGGGAAGUCAUGUCUCAUGCUGAAAUAAUGAAGACAUGUGGCAAAGUCAAUUACAAUGGCUCAUGCAUGGUUAUCUUGAGCAAUGCAGAUAACUAUUCCAUUGUUUGAUUCGCAACAACUGAGUACUGUAAAUUCAAUAGGGCUUAUAUGCUCAUACUUUGUAAUUCUGUUACAAUUA